AUGGCAGACCCAAAAAGCACCAAAUUGACUCAGAUAGCUGAUCUUGGUGAUCCUGCGAAGUUCAGGAAACCCUGGAAGGUCACUCUGCCGUUUAUGCUGGUUGCUAUUAAGCCCAUGGACGGCAGACAUGUCGCAAAACAGAGACGUCGAUUACAGCUAAUAGUCACCGACUUUUCGUCACAUCCGCGGAGCUUCCGCAGGAUGAAUACGACUUGGCCUUUGCCAUUUGAUUUUGUGGAGAACGAAGUGUUUUGUAUAACGCUGUUUGAGGACACUGCAGAAAAGGUGCUUCCUAAAGAGCUCGCUAAGAGGGGCCUGUCUCCCGAAAUAGCCAUGGGUCAGCGGCAUUUAGAUCCUGAGGAACUUGUUUUUGUGAAUAUUCUCUUCACUGUAAAGGCUUUUCGGACGAUGUCGGGCUCGUAUUGGGAAGGCAGAGCAUAUGAGGGGAUAAAGUGUUAUGCGGAGUCGGAGCUACGCGACGCGAAAAACACCGAGGGUUUACUUUAUUCAACUGGAAUACUUGAAAGAGCGAAGAUGCGGUUACCCUGGUUGACUAGGAAGAAGCUGGAUGGGUUGGUUGCGUAUCCGGAACCACCCAGACCUGAACCCGAACCCAAGAGACAGAAAAUUAUACAUGUUUCGUCUUCGCAGAUACCGUCGCAGAAGCCUGUGUCACGAAACAACGAAGAACUAGAUUUUUUGGACGAGGCCAUAGACUCAUUCAGCGAAGAAGAACCGGGGUUUGAUAUCCCCGACUUCAUGGAUGCCUGUGGUCUGUUUGCUUCCACAGCGCCGCUCCCAGGAAGUGAAGCAGUUUUAAGUUUUCAUGACACCGAGGAGGACACUCAUGAAGACACUCAGGACGAUAUCUCAAAUGACAAAGGUAAAGAGGACGAUAGCUUCGAGGUGUUCGUGGUGAACAAGAAAGUGCCGGCGGUUGAGUUUUCCUCUCUCAAAGCCACCUCCAUUGCAAACAAACAUACUCAGGAGGAAAAACUCCAGAAUCGGAAGCGCCAUUUGGAGCUUGAAACUCAGACCGAGCAAGAGCAGAGAGUGGCUAAUGUGACAGCUGUGACAGUCACAGAAGUUCAGGAUCAAGCUCUAAACGACGAACAUGAGGCUUCUAAGCAACAGGCCCAAUCCCAUGCUGAAAAAGGUUCCAUCAAAGACACUCCUAUUUUGGUCCAGACCCCGGAUUCUCAAACCGUCAUACAUGACUCCGGCUCUCAAAGCUCUGAAUCAUGGAAGCUUUCGCGCAUUAUCACUUCCAGAGCCCGGCUUGUGUACAGGAAGUUCAAGACCCUGGCAUCUUCCGGGAACUAG